UGCGAACCCUCGUAAAUCGGUUUACGGUGUGCGAUACGUAUAAAUUGAGCAAGAAAAACUAAAACUAAGGUCUUUCAUCUUCUGUUAAAUCUUUCUCCYACAUGCCAGAACCCGAUCCAAGCAAUGAAGCAGUUGAGGAUGCUCCUUUGGAGAAGGAGUCGCCCAAGAAAGUGCCGAGAAACCGUAUUCUUUGUCGCAUUACGUGCUUGGAUAAGAACUUUCUAACCGCCGAAAUGCCUAAAAAUGCCAAAGGUUUAGACCUCAUGAGACGAGUAUGCGAACAGCUCAACUUACAAGAAAGAGAGUAUUUCGGUCUCUUGUUCAACCACAAAAAAGAGAAGUAUUGGCUUGAACCACGAAAAGUUAUCAAAACACAGCUGAAAGGAUCAAAACCAGAAUUCAGCCUUGCUGUCAAGUUCUAUGAACCAUUCCCAUCUAAGCUCAAAUCAGACUAUACAAGAUAUAUGCUAUGUCUACAAGUUAGAGAUGAUAUUAAUUGUGAAAGACUGCCAUGUUCUUUUGGAUCCCAGGCAUUGCUUGGUUCUUAUAUCGUACAAGGUGAGCUGGGAGACUAUGACCCAAGAGAGCAUACUGGAAAUUACCUGGAAGGGAUGGUAUUUGGUCCAAAUCAGACAGAAGAUCUUGUGGACAAAAUAAGAGAAUUGCAUAAAGUGAACAGAGGAAUGUCUCCUGCCCAGUGCGAUUUACAGUAUCUAGAAGCRGCCAGAAAGUUGACCAUGUAUGGAGUAGAUGCCCAUCCUGCUACGGAUGGCAAUAACGAUGAAAUUCUUAUUGGAGUCUCACACGCUGGAGUUUUAAUAUUUAAAGAUGAUCUUAGACAGAACAGGUUUGCCUGGCAGAAAGUCAUUGAACUGCUCUACAAAGGAAAGCAAUUUUCCAUUAAGAGUAGACCAGGAGAGCUGGAGCAACUGAUAACUACAAUGACCUUCAAUAUGCCAUCAGAAAAGGCAGCCAAACGAUUGUACAAGUCUUGUGUUGAACACCAUACCUUCUUCAGGCUGUCGUAUCCUGACCCUCCACCAACAAAAACCGAUACUCUCAAGAAGGGUUCCAAGUUCCGCUACAGUGAUAGAACGCUUUACCAGAUUCGCAAAGAAGGCUUCCCUGUCACUCAGGAUCCACCCAAGUUUAUGCGUGUAUCGAGUAGGAAUUGGUCUGCACGCUAUGAGCCAGCUACCACAGAGAUUGUUGUUGUUGCUGAUGAAGAAAAGAAGAAACGUCCUCARGACAGYCGACACCAUGGAUCACAUGACAAGAAACACAAAGGAGAGAGAGUUGCUCCACUAUCUGAGGAAGAAAUGAUGGCUACAAUGACGGCUGAAGAACGAGCAGAAUACAAGAGAAAAAUGGCUGAACGACUUGGAACUGUAACCACCACAACUACCACUACUACUACCGUGUACUACCCAGGGGAAGGAGGCGAGGAUGAUGAUACGAUUAAAGCUCAAGGUGCAGGGAUUGUAGAAAGUGGUGCUGUUGCUUAUGGAACGAGCGAACGUGAUGCCGCUCACGUAACAGCACUCAAAGACGAAGAGGAAAGGAAGAGGAAAGAACAAGAAGAGCGAGAAAGAAAAAGAAAGGAAGAAGAACGAGAACGAGAAGAACGAGAAAGAAAACUUCAGCAAGAACGAGAGAGAGAAGAAGAAGAAAGGGAAAGAGAACGGGAAAGACGUAGACGAGAACUUGAAAGACUUGCUGCUGCUGACAGAGCUGAUAUAGCGGCCAGGAAACCACCCACUGAGACGCUGUUAUUCAAGUCAACAACCGUCACACCCAAAAAAGAUGAAGCCGAACUACUUGAGUUUAGUUUUGCUACACCGACCUCAUCUGGUGAUACUAUUAAACGUGCAAAGAUGAAGACAGCUGAGACCGAUUCGUAUAAAGGRCGCGUMGUUCGCGUACAGGAUGACGCUGAGCCAAAACAAGCAGCACCGCCACCACCAGCACUCAAACCAAAACCAAAGCGUGAAGAACCSUARGCACAUGGUCACUCCACCCUUCCUCCUCGUACUCAACCAAUCCAUACCAUUGAAGAUGAUGAUGAUGAUCGUAGAAAGAGCGCYGAUGAUAUGGAUUCUAAACGUGGUCGCGGUGUACCUCUAAUCACAAAAGAAGAACUAAUCCGUAGUUACUCCCCUGCAGGAUCACGGGAAACAAAACCUGAACCAAAACGACCAUCACAAAAAGAACGCGAAAGUGAUCAAGUUGCUUCAAAUAUCAAACGAUAUUCCUAUGAAAAAGAAAUCGAAGACCAACCAUACACCGAGGUUCGAACUGAUAAYGUGGUGAUAGGYCCUGGCAGUGAAAGCCAUGUGUACCAUCAUCGAAUACCUCCAGAGGUGAAGACCCAAUCAUACACCAUCAGUAGUGUUGGUGGACCCGUCAGGAAACCCGUCUCAGAAGAUGUUCAAGUGAUCGAAACACGUGAGGUUGAAUCAGCACCACCCGGAGGUACGAACGACUCGUCAAGGGUCGUUAGUCAUAUUCCUAGCGUAACAACGCGGCGAAUGUUGUACGAUCAGCCAGUUGCGCCUGCCGCUUCUWGCACAGAUCAACAAGGUGGAAUGAUUGUUACACGGACGGUGACUAUCGAUGGCAARAAACAAACCGAACCUAUUCAAACCGAAACAAUCAAACACACGACAAUGCCAACUGAAAUCAUCACCAAGACAAUCACAAUAGAAGGAGAUGGUGGGCCAUUAACAGCACAAGAACUCAAGGAAAUCAUGGCACAACAAGGAGCUAACAUCGACAGUGAAGUGAUUACUACGACAUACACGACGACAACUCGGGAACACCGGGUAGAGAAGACUGUAUCUGAGAAGAUGAGUCUUGUUGACGAGGAUGGUAAUGUGAUUUCCACAGGAGAUCCUGAUACCGACCGGGCUAUCGAAGAAGCUAUCAGACAAGCCAAAGAAGCUGAUCCAAAUGUAAAAGUAACAGAAGUUAUGAUAACACGCGGUGAUGAAAGCAUUGCCUAGGUUUUCCAGUAUUCCUACUAUCGUACAAUUGUAGCUCCAAGCAACGUCCUAGCUGUAAACAAUUCAAUGGAUAAUUAUAUCAUUUAUUUUAACAAAAAUUGCUGUGUGCMCAGAACAUGGUGUUCUCUUGUGAUAUUCAGGACGCRGUGUUUAGUUAACAAAUCCAUGACCAUCGUCGAAAACGUUUGUGCUGGUCGCACAGAACUCCUUCGUUCUUAGACAUCAAAUGGUUGUGCACAGCGUAAAAAUGAAAUUCUCACGAAUAGAUAACAAUAAACUAGUCAAAAUAUUCUAGAAUAGCGUUAUUUAUAAUGUAUAKGACAAUAUUAUCCAAUAAUUCUGUAUUUACAAUAAUUUUUUUCUUUUUCUAGCAUCUUUUUCAUUUAAUGCCAGGGAACAAUUCCUCGCAAACUCUUAUUUUUAAAAUCCUUUUUAGUUUUAGUUUGAAUGUCCUCAAAACUGGUUUUGAUAAGAUUGACAAUAUUUUUGUACAACUUCUCUUUUUUGUUAAGUCAGUUUUUAAUCUUCUGUGAAGUUGUAGUGCUUCAUUUUUAUUAAAUUUUUUUGAAUCGUGUAGUAAAAUAACUUUAAUUGAUUUUAGCAGCUUGAAAUGAAAUAAAGUUCUAAAAAUUUGA